AUGCCUACUCUCAGUACGACCAUCGAGGAUACAUCUCCAGUGAUAAUCUAUUCUGGAAACGGCGGAGAUUGGGUUGCAGGAAGCUCGACAAACGAUAGCCUGGCUUCUCUAUAUUCGCAAGGGAGUUUUACUUUGACAAGUAGGAAUAAUGCCAAUGCAUCCUUCUCAUUCUAUGGAACUGGAGUGCAGAUCUUUGGUGCGAAGAGGAACAACCAUGGGCCGUAUCAAGUUACUAUAGAUUCCACAACAUAUGCCCAAGUCAGCGGACAGGCAGCAGAUCCUGGAUCCUUCCAGACUUCUCUAUUCUCUACUGUGGCGUUGACCAACGGAUUCCAUAAGGUUACUAUAGUGAACCAGGGGUCCACAUUUCUCGACAUCGAUUUCAUAACGUGGCAGACUCCUGUAGGAUCAUCAGAUGAACCAUUGCUAUCUUCAACUAUACAAGAUUCAGAAUCAGCCUUCGUAUACACACCGGAAUCAGCAUGGAAUGGGAGUCCACCUAAUGUUGGGAUGUUUUCUGGAGGUACUGGGCACACUUCGACCACUGCCGGAUCAUCUGUUGAAUUCACAUUCACAGGCAAGUUCCCAUGCCAACUUCAUGGUUCUGCUGUGGAAAUAUUCGGACCAGUCGGACCUAGCGGUGCUGUGUUUUCAGCACAGCUAGACAGUAGCAAUCCUACAAACUUCACUACCAAUAAGCCGUAUUAUAGACCACAGCAGCUCCUCUUUCAGGCUGGAAACUUAGGCAACGGGAAACAUACUGUCAAAUUCAUACAACAGUCUUGGGAUAACUCUGCUCUGUCCUUCUCCAUUGAUUUUGCACAGGUUUUUACCACCCCGUCGCUACAGCAAAGACUAUCCGUAGGCGCUAAAACGGGUAUUGCUAUUGGAGUUGUUGCAAUUUUAGCUGCGGCCAUCGCUGCCCUAAUCAUAUUUCUGCCUUCGAAGUAUCUUAAGUUCUUCCGCCUGAAGGGAAGGUCUGUAGAAAAAGGCACAAUUUCAGGGCCAUUCCUGUAUCAACGAGUCAGUGGUGAUUUGUCUGCGGGCAUCCCGCCCCAAUCAGCUCCCUAUGGACGACCUACACACAGUGCACAACCAUCUCAAUCGCUGUCAAAUUACACUCCUCCAUCAUCAGGCUUUCCUUCAUCCGGUGGGACAUAUGCGCCCAGUUCAGAUACAUUGAUUCAGGGCCCUAAUUCCCAAGUGAUUUCAAUACCAUUCACUGCGGAUGGAAAAUACAGACCUGAUCUUCCCAGCACACCUCAACUCUUGCCACCACCAGGGACACGAAGAGAUCCAACACCAUCAUCAAGUCGCAGUCACCUAUCGGUGUUGCCUCCUGGAGCCGCUCAGCCGGGGGUGAUUAGUGAUGAUGAGCUUGGGAUGAUUACUCAGGAGACGAGGCAAGGAACGUAUAUGACUCCACUACGUCGGCCAACUACUGCGAGUCUGGCUUGGACAGAGCCACCACAGUACCAACGGUGA